GGUGCAUGACUGACGGGCAGUCUGGAUUCCUGUGCGAAGAGGGAGCGUGUCUUGUAGCAUCAGCAAAAUGCGAUGGAUUCCUGGACUGCUUGAACGGAGAAGACGAGGACGAUUGUGCCGAGGUGUACUGCCCAUCAGAUUACCACUGCAGCCGAACAAAAACCUGUAUUGUGUUCGAAAAUGUUUGCGACGGUAAAAUUGACUGUGAGCACGGCGACGAUGAAGUGGAAUGCGAUAACAAACGCUGUCCAAACAAUUGUUCCUGUUCGUACGUCGAAGGCGAAUUCCACGUCAUUUGUUCACAUGACUGGGGACCAGGAGAUGUACAAGACAUCGCGAAAAUCACAGUGGCACUCAAGCUCACCCGGCAAAGGAACCACAGUUCCAUUCAACUUGUACCGGGACUCUUCAAGGAAUUCAAGCUUCUUCGAUCUCUCUCUGUCGCUUAUAACAAGCUACAUGAGAUCCCACCAGGAACUUUCUACGGCUUGGGAAAUCUUACUUAUCUGAAUGUUUCCGGAAAUGAAAUGACCGAGAUAGUAGCGGACACAUUCAGUGAACUGCAGAAUCUCGAGGCACUGAUUAUAACGGAUGCACCAGAGUUGCGAAUUGCAGCAAAGAACGCAUUCGCUGGUCUCCCCAACUUGAAAACGUUGGUACUGGUUCGAGACGUAGCCGACGGUGACCCAUUAGAUGCGAAAUACGGAGCCUUUUCCUCUCUCCCUGCUUCUACAAAAGCUGUUGUUGAUGACUACCGACUUUGCUGCAAUCUCCUGAGAGAUAUUCCAGGCUUCCAGAUAGGCAACUGUCAUACCACACAGUCACAGCCCCCGCUCAACCUCUGCGGUUCACUUAUGCAGAACUACGGACUGCGCGUGUGCAUGUGGGUCCUUGGGAUUAGCGCCCUCUUUGGCAACUUUGUGGUAAUUGUUUGGAGGCUUCGUCACCAGGAAGGAAAUGAAGUCAAGAAGACUCACUCUUUGCUGAUAGCUAAUCUCGCCGUGUCUGAUUUCAUUAUGGGAGUGUACAUGUUGAUAAUAGCCGCUGCCGACAUCCACUACGGGGAGCGGUACUCCUCUCAAGCGGCGCAGUGGCGGACCAGCGCGCCGUGUAAGGCUGCCGGGGUGUUGUCCGUUCUGUCCAGUGAGGCCUCGGUGUUCUUCGUUACAAUGAUCAGUCUUGAUUGCCUCCUGGGAAUCGUGUUUCCCUUCGCCAGGAUGAAGCUCGGCGAGACGUCUGCCAUUAAGUUCAUCGCAGUGGGUUGGGUGACGGCUCUCUGCUUAAGCAUCGUACCGACUCUAGUCGUUGACUCCAACUCGGACGUCUACGGUCUUUCUGACGUCUGCAUCGGCCUGCCCCUGACCACCAAGGCGGACGGCGUCCAGCUGGAGCCCAGUGACGUCAACAAUCCGUUCGGGGACGCAGACGCCUUGCAGAUCGUCUCUUCGACCGGUCAGAAACCAGCCUGGAUCCUGUCCAUCGUCAUGUUUCUGGGCAUCAAUCUCUGCUGUUUCCUGGUCGUCCUUGUCUGUUACAUCGCCAUCUUCAUCAAGGCCAAGCGGUCUGCUAGCCAGAUCAGAAAGAACUCUAACCGGGACAGCGAGAUCAAAAUGGCCGUCAAGAUGGCGUUGAUCGUCGGUACGGACUUUGCUUGCUGGAUGCCUGUCAUCAUUCUCGGUAUUCUGUCUCAGACCGGGGCGGUGCAUGUCGGUGCUGAGGUCUACUCCUGGAUCGUAGUCCUGGUCCUUCCCAUCAACUCAUCUCUCAACCCUUACCUGUACACGAUCUAUUCGUCUGUCAUGGCCAAACGCAGCGUGCAGCCCAGUAACGUGAAGUCCGGUAAUAAAGUUUCGAAACCCCAAACUGGAUCAAUCGAAACCGUUAAUUCCUCCUUGUCAGAUAGCAAGCAUAUUUGAUUAACAUUUAUAGGCGCAAGCAGGUAUUGAAAAAAAAAUUCAAAUCUCCGAACGACGCCUGUCAAUAAAUUAGUUAAAUAGCAGCUAUGGUAACAUGCAUAUUAGAACUAAUUAAAACCAAAAAGCGAAAGCACAAGGCCUUCCAACAAAGCAAACGACCUGUAGAAAAGGGGAUACGAAAUGUGCUGCACGUGAGCGAACGCUUUGGAAUCACUGUUUUGUUGAAUGAUCAGAAAGUCAUGGGUGUUAAACGCAUCUAUACAUUUAAGCCUGCCGCACACGAUAGCUAGAGCAAAACGUGGCCGUUUGAUCAGAAUGUAGCGCAGGAAAUGUUACCGUAUGCAAUCAAUUUUGCUUAGUGUUCUGCCUCGCGAGGCCGUGAGGCAAAUAUCUGUCCUGUUGAUUAUAUUCGCCCUGCGAGGCCAACAACUAUCUUGUGCGGGCAGCGAAUGUUUUCUCCCAAUCGACACCCGCAUAUGGGUGUACGCUAUGGCGUGUUGGACUAAACUUUACUAAAAACAUGAGAAAAAAAUAA